UGCAUCACUGCAUCGAUUUCAUGUUAAAUCGACAGUUUGCGACGGCAUCCCGAUGACAGUUCACUUCACACAGUCUGCAGUCCAUCACGCCACCCUUUUCCCAACCCACCACGUCCCGUCUUCCUCCACUUUACACAUGUUUCCGCUUGGCUAAUGGCCUGUCGUGUGUGGUUCCGCCUCACAUGGAGAUCUGGUAGCAUGGUUGAGGCAUGCAAUCGUGCCGCAACCAUGCCCAAAAACCCCGACGAGGGCGACACAACACCCACAAUCAAAGUGAUCAGGCAAACAAAUGUGGAUCCCUCACUCUCAUCAGCUAAUGCACAUGUGACUGCAUGCCGACUCGCAUCUCACAGACAGCACAGACAGCCAGUCCCACCACCCCCUCUCCCGAUCUCUCACUCACCCACUGCCUUGACAGCAGACACACAUCAUGCUGACAGACAGACAGUCAGUGCAAGGUCUUCCUCAGUCUUCUCCCUUCAGGGGUGGGGCCAGCAGGAUGAUUAUCAGGAAGAGCGUGAACAGCCCCACGAUGGGCAGCGUGAAGCCUCCAAACGACGAUGAGUCAUAGGCCACCAGCUCAGUCAUCGACACGCCGUCAACGAGAGAUCCGGAUGAUGCGAGUGACGGAAGUGAGCUGAGAGGGGUGUGCUGCUGCUGCCGUGACGGUUGCUGCGCGAUUGAGGACGUGCGGAAGCGCUCCUUGACGAGUGGCGAUGCCUGCGGGAACUGGAAGCAGUGGGAGGAUGAUGCGAUGAACGCAAGGAUGCCGAAAGCGGAGAAAAACAGCUUUGUCAUGUUGUCAAGGAUCGCGUAUGCGAGAGGCCCCUUGCUGGCAGGUCGGUUGGUAUAGUGCGCUGG